UUCAUUAGUGACUCUCCCUGUCUGGGCUUGGCAGGUUACAGAGAGAAACUGUGGCUCCGGACAUUCAGGGAGACUAUUAUUUGUACACUCUGCUAGAAAAAAAAGUGCAAGAAAUAUCUUCCUUGUGCUGAGGUCGGAAAGCACGUAGACAGGCAGAGAGUAGAAGGAGAGAAAGUACUCCUGCCAGCAGAGAUGAUGAGGAAAACCUGGAAAAUGAUCCUGAGCGACUGGUCUGAUGGGGAGGAGGACGUGAGUGGGAUGUAAACACGGGACUAUCGAUCUUAAAUCAGGAGUGUUUUCCGUCAAUACGAUGACGCCACGUGACGGCUCCCUCCUGACUCACCUGCUCCUCAUCCUUCUGCUGCUCCUCCAGCUCCUCCUGCCUCUCGCCCGGUCUGUCCUGCACCCUUCUCAACACCCGCAGGUCCAUGUCCCGGCGCUGGUCCCUCACGCACCGACACCUCUCACCCGCUCCAGCUUCAGCUCUCAGACUCAGCUGGACUUUACCACUCACUGUAACGCCAGUUGCUUCCGCAGAGGAGAGCAGGAGGCCCAGAAGGAGCUGCUCACUGAGAGACUGGCCUUUGAGACGCUGUACUCUGACGGCUCCCGCACUCUGACCACCGUGGAUGUGGAGGAUGAGGUGGAAGAAGAUGUCAGUCUCUUUGAGCGCAGGAGGAGAGGGCCCAGAGUGAAGCCCAGACACAAGCGUGUGAGGAGGCAGAUUUAUGGAGCGGACGGACGUUUUAACAUCCAAGGAGACAACUUCCUGUUGGAUUACCCUUUCUCCACGGCGGUGCGGAUCUCCACAGGCUGCACCGGCGUCCUUGUGUCCCAGCAGCACGUCCUGACAGCCGCCCACUGCGUGCACGAUGGGAAGGAUUAUGUCAAAGGCGCGCGUAAACUCAGGGUGGGCUUCCUGAUUCCUCCAUCCAUUAACGGCACCCAAGCCAGCCUCACUUCUGCCAAGAAGCCUCUGGUUCGCUGGGUCAGGGUGAAGCGUACCCGUGUGCCAAAGGGCUGGAUCCAGGGCCCUCAGGAGGUCAGCAUGGACUUCGAUUACGCACUGUUGGAGCUGCGAUGGCCUCACCGCCGUCCCUUCAUGCGCCUCUCUGUGGCUCCCGCUUCUGAUGACCUGGCAGGAAAGCGCAUCCACUUCUCCGGAUUUGACAGCGACAGACCUGGGGAGCUAGUCUACAGAUUUUGUCCUGUCGAAGAAGAGUCAAGUGAUCUGAUAUACCAGCACUGUGACGCCCGACCUGGAGCCAGCGGCUCAGGGGUUUACGGACGAGUGUGGGACAACUCUUUAGAGCGCUGGGAAAGAAAGGUCAUCGGGAUUUUCUCUGGACACCAGUGGCUGGAGAUAGAUGGAGAGAACAGGGACUACAAUGUAGCUGUGCGCAUCACUCCUCUGAAAUUUGCGCAGAUCUGUUACUGGGUGCACGGCAACCGACUAGAUUGCUUCCAGGACUAAAAGGGAGUUUAGAAAGUUUGGAGAGAAAGAAAAAGAAGCACAACGUGACUGAAAGAAUACAGGGUGAAAUGUCUUAGAUUAAAAAAAAAGGAUUAAACUGAAAUCAGAAUAGCAUCCUUCAGUGGCACAGCAGUGAAACAGGGGCCACUUCUGGAUCCAGUUUCCUCACUUGAAUGAUUUCUCCAGUGUUUAAUUUUCUCUCUGUAACCUAUUAAAACAAAUCCGCCUGAGAUCAUCACCACGGCAUCUUUAAUAUGUUUUACCCGCAGUCAGAUUUCUAAUAACACAGUCAGUGUUUCCACAGUAUCAACAUAAGCCACUUGUUACAAGAGGGGGAAAAACAAUCGCGCGCGGGUGUGUGUGUGUAUGUGUCAGUGGCACCAGAUUGUAGAUGAUGUCAGUUUAUUGAGGACUUUUUUUUCUACACAUGCUUUGAUACUUUAACAGCUCUUAAAGGAUGUCUGGACUGCUUCUACAACAAUCUGCAGACUGGUCGAGAAACCUGCAUGAGCAAUCAGAAUACAAAACUCUUUAUGGACACACCACUGAUGCUCUUUUAUCUAA